AUGGCCGAUGCUAAACUAGGACAAGCUCUUUUGACCCUGGUCUUGGCUUUCGCGAUCCUGAACAUCGUUGAGACCACAAGUUCUCAAGGGUCUUGCCCGGACCCAUCGUGCACUAGGAAUCCGCCGCCCGCAUCCGCCGGUAAUCCGGCAUCACCCUCGGCAGCGAUGACCACUCUGACUCAAACGGGAUCGUACCCGGGACAGCCCGGCGCUAUCUAUCCUCCGCCGGUGGGGUACUUCUCUUACAGCCCGCCUCCGCCGAGAGGCAGUUUUUAUGCCGCUUCUCCGCCACCCGAUCCAAUCUUGCCCUACUUCCCUUACUACUACCAGAGGCCUCCCCGGACGAAGACGGAGGAGUCGUCGGCCGCGGGUCUCUGGAGAUCGACGGUCAUGAUUAUUGGGGUGGUGGGUAGUUUGGGUCACUGGUGUUGUGGCAUUAUCUAA